CAAAUUCUUCUCAAUAUUUUCCUAGGUUUCUUUGAGAUUCUCGCGAGUUGCGACUUCUUCUUCUGAGAGUCUCCUCUGAAAGACCGAGCCUUCUUGCUCCGGCCAUCGCUUUCCAGGUCGCCGGUUACUUUUUUAGUUGUGAUGGAACCUGUUCUGCACACUAGAAGAAAUCAUACGUUUGUGACCAAGUUUUGAAUGAAAUCUAUGCAAAGAUUGAAGGAUUCGUGUUAGAAAGGGAAUUGAAAUGAUGAGAUUGGUUUCUCUCUGUGAUAUAAAUUGUGGGUUUGUUCCCAAAAAAUCAGCUGAUUUGUUUGUAAAACCGAGGUUCAGAAGAGGAGAUAUCAUCACAAGAACGGUAUUGGAUUCGAUUGCACGAGAGAGAUGGAAUGUUAAAAGAAGAAGAAACCUUGGAAUUGGGACAGUCUUUUGCAAGAGCUAUGGAGAUACAGCAAAAGUGCAUCAAGAAGAGGAAAUUCCAAAAGCAACACUGAUAUGGAGAGCAGUCAAACUACCCAUUUACUCUGUCGCUUUGGUUCCUCUUACGGUUGGUGCUUCAGCAGCUUAUCUAGAGACGGGCUUAUUCCUAGUUAGACGUUAUGCGGCUCUAAUGCUCUCAUCAGUUCUUAUCAUUACUUGGCUCAAUCUAAGCAAUGAUGUUUAUGAUUUCGAUACCGGAGCUGAUAAGAACAAAAAGGAAUCCGUAGUUAAUAUGGUUGGAAGCCGGACAGGAACCUUAGCCGCUGCAAUCACAUCGCUUGUGCUCGGUGUUUCUGGUCUGGUUUGGACAUCUUUGAUAGCAAGUAAUAUCCGUGCAAUACUAUUGCUGGUCUCGGCAAUAUUAUGCGGCUAUGUGUACCAGUGUCCGCCAUUUCGGUUAAGUUACCAAGGAUUAGGAGAGCCUCUAUGCUUUGCAGCAUUUGGUCCAUUUGCUACUACUGCUUUUUAUCUACUUCUUGGUAGCUCAAGCGAGAUGAGGCAUCUUCCGUUAAGCAGUAGGGUCCUUUCAUCAUCUCUUCUUGUUGGUUUUACCACAUCUCUCAUCCUUUUCUGCAGCCACUUUCAUCAGGUUGAUGGAGAUUUAGCUGUGGGGAAAUUUUCACCUCUGGUUCGUGUAGGGACUGAAAGAGGAGCUUUUGUAGUGAGAUGGGCUAUUCGUUUCCUCUAUUCGAUGCUUCUUGUUCUUGGUUUAACCAAGAUUUUGCCAGUAACUUGCGCAUUGAUGUGUUUCCUGACUUUACCCGUUGGGAAUUUAGUUUCAAGCUAUGUCGAAAAGCAUCACGAGGAGAAUGAGAAGAUAUUCAUGGCCAAGUAUUAUUGUGUGAGACUCCACGCAUUCUUUGGAGCUGCCUUAUCGUUGGGACUCGUCAUCGCUCGCUAGAUCACUUUCCAAACAUUUAUUCUUUUGUUUUUUCUUUGGCCUUGUUGUAUCUAAAAUAAAAUCAAACUGAUUUAUAGCCAUUUGCUGGUAUUCUUCUCCUCAUGCACGGUUUUUUUUUUUUUUUUUUUUUCAGUGCUCCAAUUUAUCAAU